CGAUAUAAUUAAGGCAGAGGAAGGCCAUGCCAUUUUGACUGCUAACUCUCAGCCUCUUACAGUCGUAUGCGAACUUCUCUUCCCUCGCCAACGCUCCCAUUUUAGAGCGCGCUCUCUCUUCCCCGAGUUCUCCAGACUCAGCAAUGGCGGAUAACGGGGAACCUCUUCUCAAGCGCUUGUACUACGAAGGCUGCUCUGGUUGCGAGCUAGAUCAGUGGAAGGAGAAGAACCGCGGCAUUCCGUACAGAUUAUUCAUCCACGUCUGGUUCAUCACGCUUUGCGCCGCUUUGCCAAUAUCAUCCCUCUUUCCUUUCUUGUACUUCAUGAUACGGGAUUUGCAUAUUGCCAAAAGAGUGGAAGACAUUGGUUUUUAUGCUGGUUUUGUGGGCGCAUCCUUUAUGCUGGGUAGGGCCUUGACAUCAGUAUUUUGGGGAAUAAUUGCAGACCGUUAUGGGAGGAAACCUGUUAUAGUAAUAGGACUUAUCACAGUGGUGAUAUUUAAUACAUUAUUUGGUUUAAGCACAAGCUACUGGAUGGCAAUUAUGACAAGAUUCCUUCUUGGAUCUUUGAAUGGUUUGCUUGGCCCGAUAAAGGCUUAUGCCGUUGAAGUCGCUCCUCCAGAAUAUCAAGCCAUUGGGAUUUCUCUUGUUAGCACAGCAUGGGGCAUGGGUCUGGUGGUUGGUCCUUCAAUUGGAGGCCUCCUUGCACAGCCUGCCGAUAAAUUUCCUAGUCUAUUUUCCAAAGGCUCUCUUUUUGGAAGGUUUCCUUACUUCUUACCAUGCCUUUUUAUAUCGCUCUUUGCCGCUAUGGUACUAUCAACUUGUCAUUGGAUUCCAGAAACAUUGCACUUGCAUCAUCAAAGAAAACCGGCAACUAUAAUAGCUGAAGGCCUCGAGGGUUCAUUUCAUGGAACUGAAUUAAAAAUAGAUUUGGAAGAACUUGAAGGAAGCGACGGAGACUCAAAAGAAAACCUUUUUGUGAACUGGCCGUUGAUGUCAUCAAUUAUUGUUUAUUCUGUCUUCUCUCUUCAUGAUAUGGCAUACGCUGAGAUAUUUCCCUUGUGGGCUGAGAGCGGUAGUGCAUAUGGAGGACUUGGUUUUUCUUCUCAAGAUGUUGGUGUGGUGCUUGCAAUAUCAGGUUUUAGCCUUCUCAUAUUUCAAUUAUUUGCAUAUCCGCCAAUGGAGAAAAUUGUUGGACAUGUACGCUUGAGCCGUGCUGCAGCGUUGUUGGCUCUACCGUUAAAUGCAGCCUAUCCCUUUAUGGCAAAGCUGUCAGGGCUUGAACUUAGAAUACUAGUGAACUGUGCCUCCUUGGUGAAGAAUGUACUUAGUACUGUAAUCAUCACUGGAUUGUUCAUUCUGCAAAAUAAUGCCGUGGAACAAUCCCAAAGGGGAGCUGCUAAUGGCAUUUCAAUGACCUUCCAGUCUAUUUUUAAAGCUAUUGCUCCUGCAGCUGGAGGUGCCAUAUUUUCAUGGGCACAAAAGCGCCGAAAUUCUUCAUUCCUUCCAGGCAACCACAUGGUCUUCUUCAUUUUGAACUUGGUUGAAUUUGUUGGACUCCUCAUGACCUUCAAGCCUUUCCUAGCUUAUUCUACACAGAGAAGACGUUGAGCUUAGUUUAUAACAUACACAAUAAAAGCUUUCUGGUUUAAUGCUGCAGCUCAAUUUAAUGGAAGAUUAAGGCAAAUUAUUCCACUCUUUCUUAUGAUCGAUCUUCCGGAUUAUUUCCACGGGUGGAUAUACAGUUCCUUUGAUUUUAUUUCUGCAAUUUCAAAAAAUUCCCUGUAAGUUGUUUCUAUGCUGCUUUAAUUCACAAACUUAUUUUUUCUAUUGCAUGUAUGAAAUUGCAUGCAUUUGUGAUUUGUUUUUUUUUUAAUGUAUAAUUAAUUUUGUUUGGUUUCAGUAUUGUAAUUAUGUGGAUGCCUGCUGUUUUGCGUCAAUAAAAGACUAGAAUUGGGCUGAAUGAAUGGAGUGGGUUUCUGAGUAUUUUUCCUGAUUGGUUUAUUUCAAUCAUGCUGUUGCUCAUGUAAAUUUAAUAAAUUGAAAUGUCAUGUGGCAGAAGUUGCUGCUUAUUGCACAUUUCUU